AUGAAGCCAAGGGUUUCCAUACAGUUGAAGCUUUUGAUAGUGCAAUACCUAUCAGUUCUGUCUGUUUCACAGGAUUUCGAUUUCUUCUACGUGGUUCAGCAGUGGCCAGGAGCAUACUGUGACACAAAGCGUAGUUGCUGCUACCCAAAGAGCGGAAAACCAGAAGCAGAUUUUUCUAUUCAUGGCUUGUGGCUUAACUAUAAUGAUGGCUCUUGGCCUUCAAACUGGGAUCUUGAUAGCAUCUUUGAUAAAUCUCAGAUAUCAGAUUUGAUAAGUAGCAUGGAGAAGCACUGGGCAUCAUUAAGUUGCCCAAGUAGCAAUGGGAUGAGGUUCUGGUCACAUGAGUGGGAAAAACAUGGCACCUGCUCUGAAUCAGAACUUGAUAUUCGUGACUACUUCAAGAAAGCCCUUGAACUCAAGCAGAAAGUCAACCUCCUCAAGAUCCUCAAAGAUGCUGGUACUUAUAUUCUCACUUAA